AUGAAGGUCACGGCGAUCUACGUCUAUCCCAUCAAGGCACUCCGUCCAAUUCGCCUCGACCGUGCCCGCCUCACCCCCCAAGGCGUCCAACACGACCGACGUUUCAUGCUCUGUCGCGUCGACGACACGGAUCCGCGCAAGCUCACCAAGGUGCAGAUCGACAAGGUCCACCAGUGCGGCCUGUUCAGGCAGGAAAUCGUGGGCGACAGCAUCCACGUCUCGUACCUGACGCCCCGGGAUGCCGUCGCCCCGGCGCAUCCCGUGCAGAACGAGGUCCUCGAGGUGCCGCUCAGCCCGGACACGUCGGCCCUGGACACGGUAGACAUCGAUCUGCACCUGAGCAUGGUCACGGCGUACCGCAUGGGCGCCCGCUACGACGACUGGUUCUCAGCCUGCUUCGGAUUCAAGGCCGCACUGGCCUACAUCGGGGACGGUCGGCGCCCGGUGCUCGGGAGCUACGCGCCCCAGACGCAGACGACGCAGACGACACAGACAGAUGGCUCGGCCCAGCGACCCGGAGGCUGGCUGCUGUCCACCAUGUCCGCGACGGUGUCCCGCGGCGGCGCGGCAGAGACCCAGCCCCGGCUCGGCAGCGAGGGCGAGGACAAGCCGUGGCUUGCCUUCUCAGACCUGGCCCCCUUCCUCGUCGCCUCGGACGCCUCCCUCGCCAACGUCAGGGCCAGAGUGCCCUCGGGCGACGUCGCAAUCACAGCCUUCCGGCCCAACAUUGUGGUGGACGGGCACGGCGGGCCAGCCUUUGACGAGGACUUCUGGGCCGAGCUCUCGGCCAACGGGGAGCCGUUCCUCGUCCUGACCAAGAUGUGUAACCGCUGCUCGUCCCUCAACGUCGACUACGACACGGGCAAAAUAGCCGAGGGCGAGAGAGGCACGGUCCUCAAGAAGCUCAUGUCCGACCGACGGGUAGACGCAGGUGCCAGAUACAGCCCCGUCUUUGGGAAGUACGGCUUCCUCAGCCCAGCACGAGACGGCAUGUUCCUCUCGGUAGGCGACCAAAUCACCGUCACGGAACGCGUCGACCAAAGACCCGUCUUUGACUGGCCGCUGCGGGCGCGGGGGGCGCAGCCGCAGUUCUACCAAGCAGCCUGA